CGGUUUUAGAUAAACGUCGUUUUUAGCUGUGUUUAGUUUUCAAGGAUCAUCAAUCUUCAAUCCUGGGGCCAUGUUGGAAAUGAACCUAACAAACGAGACUGUGCCUCGGGAUGAAAAAGAACACGAAUACGAGGAGGAGAGAUCAAAAUUUAUUAUCAAAGCAUGUUUUAUAUUUGGAAUUAUGAUCUGUACUAUUAUAGGAAAUACAUUAAGUAUUGCUGUGAUAAUACGCACCAAAGUUCUUCGAACUCCGAGUGGGAAUUUUAUCAUCUCCUUGGCAGCAGCUGACCUGAUGGUCGGGGCAUGUGUUGUCCCCUUCUCUUUCGUGUCGGCCUCCCAGGGCAAAUGGAUAUUCUCUGAUCAAGUUUGUACGUUUGUGGGUUUCCUACAAUUUUACUCCACCACGUUGUCAAUUUCAAAUCUGCUUGUGCUGACCAUUGAUCGUUGGAUCUCGGUGACCAGGCCGUUGAAGUAUACACGCUGGAUGACCAACAAGACAUCAUAUGUCUGCAUCGCUUUCAUAUGGAUCGCUGUAUUCCUUAUUGACAUUCCCAUGGUAUUUCCGGCAGUUGGCCACUUCCGGGACAUGCGCAAAGUGUAUAUUUGUAGCCCACAAUGGCAGACAAAUCUCGCAUAUACAUUUGUUUUGAUAGCUGUGUAUCUUCUGCCAUCAUUUACGAUGGUCCUGGUUUUAAACCUGAGGUUGUUUUGUCUCUCUCGUAAACAUCGUCUUAAGAUGAACAGUAUCGAAAGACAGACCCAAUCAAGGAAUUCACUUUCAUCAAUGAAAUCUAAAAUUGUGAUAUUUACAAUUGUUUUGACAUUUGAAAUUUCCUGGAUGCCAUACUUUGUAGUGGAGAUAAUUCGUCUCUUCAGUUUAGCCGUUGUAGAUAACAAUGUUACGUUCAUUGUGUCCUGGGUCGCAGUGUGUAACAGUUUUAUGAAUUCUGUGAUAUAUACGUGUUUGAACCGGAAGUUUCGGGAAGGAAUCAGGAUCCUGUUCCGAUGUCAGAAACAGCCAGACUACAUUAUGAACAGGGAGAGUUUGUUAUGACAGAGGUCUGUUCGGGAGAAUAACAUCAACAAUUCGAUGGAUUUUCAACCCGAGUCUUAUAUUUGAUGUG